AUGGAUUUUCCAUGGACACUGAAGGCAGAAUCUGCACUGAAAGAGAUCUUCAAAAUGAAUGUUUUUCGACCGAUGCAACGAUCUGCCAUUAAUUUAACUAUGGCCAAGAAGGACUGCAUUCUAGUGAUGCCUACAGGAGGAGGGAAGAGUCUGUGCUAUCAGCUUCCCGCCGCCAUCGAUGACGGGGUCACCCUCGUCGUGUCUCCCCUCGUCUCCCUCAUGCAGGACCAGCUGUUCGCACUCAGCCAGCUGCCACUAGAGGCCGCCAUGCUCUCUGCCUCGAGCUCGCGAAGCGAGGUGGCGGCGAUCCAGGCGGCCAUGUUGGACAAUAACUCGGCACUGAAGCUUCUCUACGUCACUCCGGAGAAGAUAUCUAAGAGCAAGCGCUUCAUGGCGCGACUACAGAAGAUGUACAAGAAGGGUCGCUUCGCUCGGCUAGCAGUCGACGAGGUUCAUUGCUGCUCAAACUGGGGUCACGACUUCCGACCGGACUACAAGAUUCUCGGGAUCAUGAAGCGGCAAUUCCCGGACGUUCCGGUCAUGGGUCUGACGGCGACAUCGACGGAGAGAGUGACGAAGGACGUGCAGAAGAUACUCAGCAUUCAGGGCUGUCCUGUGCUCAAGGCUUCCUUCAACCGACCCAACCUGUAUUAUGAGGUGCGAGCGAAAUCAUCGAACUUCAAAGAGAGUGUCCAAGAUAUUGUUCAUCUCAUCAAAACCAAAUACAGGAACCAGACGGGUAUCGUUUACGUUUUCACGCGCAAGGAAUCGGAAAACGUGAGCCAGCUGAUGAAAGCUUCUGGAGUCAGCGCUGCCGGUUAUCAUUCCGACCUGACAGGUUCUCAGCGAAUCAAGGUUCACCGUGAUUGGACGACGGGGCGCGUGCGGGUCGUCGUGGCGACGGUGGCGUUUGGCAUGGGCAUCGACAAGCCGGACGUUCGCUUCGUUGUUCAUCACUCCCUCAGCAAAUCCAUCGAGAACUUCUACCAGGAGAGCGGCCGGGCAGGGCGGGACAAUCAACCGUCAGACUGCAUCCUGUACUUCCGCUUCGCCGACAUGUUCCGACAGAGCGUGAUGUGUUCACGGACACACCGGCCUCACGAACUUCUACAACAUGGUCUCCUACUGCCAUGACGUCACCACGCUUUCAGAUUUGAAAAGUACAGGAGACUAC